GAGCGAUCAAGUCGGUAAAAGUACGUACCUUGAAGUGUGCGUCUUCUUCUAUACCUUUUGUUAACUUCAACCUUUCAAGUUUCAUGUGGUGUACCAAAAAGUUCUUGGUUUCCGUGACACUUGUCUCUGACCUACUAGUCAUUGCAGUGAUAAUGCAACUUUUGCUGUUUAAAGUUUGUAUUUUUUUCGUUGAACUUUGUGGCAUCUGAUUGAUAAAAUUUCAUGUGGGUUUAAAAGACCAAAAAAUAAAAAAGAGGUCUUUCGUGGGUUUGAGCCAGAGGGUGUGGUGAAGACAGGUGAGGUUUGGAAUUUGGUUGGGUGGGCUGAAUAUGAAAGAGAAGGGUGGUAAGGGAAAUGGUUCUUCAGAUGUGGGUGGGAAGGUGGUGGUGGUUGCUGUUAAAGCAUCAAAGGAAAUUCCAAAGACUGCUUUGUUGUGGGCUUUGACUCAUGUUGUUCAACCUGGUGAUUGCAUUAAGCUGCUGGUGGUCAUUCCUGUCCUCUCCUCAAGUAAAAGGACAUGGGGCUUCUCAAGAUUUACCAGUGAUUGCACCACUCGUCACUGGUCUCUUCAAGGAACCAGUUCGGAUCAGAAGGAUGAUAUCGCAGAUUCAUGCUCUCAUAUGGUGCAACAACUCCAUGAUGUUUAUGACACGGAGAAGAUAAAGGUCAGGGUAAAGAUUGUAUGUGGCGUGCCAUGUGGAGUGGUAGCUGCUGAAGCCAAGAGAGCGAGAUCAAACUGGGUUAUAUUGGAUAAACAAUUGAAAAAUGAAAAGAAAUACUGCAUGGAAGAGCUUCAAUGCAAUCUUGUGGUUAUGAAGCGAUCUCAGCCAAAAAUUCUUCGUAUAAAUUUGGCACAUUUACCGAAGAUAGAAUCUGAAGUGACUUUGGAUUUAUCUUCUGAAUUAGAAACUUCUCCAGAGCAUCUAAAAAGUAAGUUUGAGCAAUUGAAUUUUAUUAAAGGACCUGCUGUGACUCCAGCAAGUAGUCCAGACCAUGAGUCACCAUUGACUACAACUGAUGUUGGAACGUCAUCAAUAUCUAGCUCAGAUCCUGGGGCUUCUCCAUUUAUCCUUUCUGGAAUUUCCGGGAGGAAAAAGCUCAAAUUUACCACUAAAGAAGAUGAAAAUCUUGAUGAUUGUGACUCUGACACAGAUAGUGACAGACAGAGUACUUGCUCCACAAGUUCAUAUUUCCAGCCAUGGAUGACAAACAUUCUCAGUUCUAGUGGUGAAUAUUCAAAACAUAUGGUGAAAGGUUUAGAAAGGCAUAAGGGGAAGGCUUUGACUUCCACGUAUGGAGCCUUAAUGGAAAAAUUGUCUAAAUUAGGUCAGGAUCCUUGUAUUGGAGUCCUGAAGUAUAGGCUUGAUCUGGACUUAAGCAGAAGUGUGAGAGAAGCAAUUUCAUUAUCCAGAAAUCUACCACUCGGCCCUCCUCCAUUGUGUUCCAUUUGUCAGCACAAGGCACCCACAUUUGGGAAUCCUCCAAGAUGGUUCACUUUUGCUGAACUGGAAUUUGCUACCGGUGGAUUUUCACAGGCAAAUUUCUUGGCUGAAGGCGGAUUUGGUUCUGUACACCGAGGUGUUUUACCUGAUGGCCAGGUUGUUGCGGUUAAGCAACACAAAUUGGCUAGUUCCCAGGGUGACCUAGAAUUUUGCUCAGAAGUUGAAGUCUUAAGCUGUGCACAGCAUCGUAAUGUUGUAAUGCUAAUUGGUUUCUGCGUGGAAGAUGGAAGAAGAUUGCUGGUAUAUGAAUACAUUUGCAAUGGGUCUUUGGAUUCUCACCUUUAUGUAUUGUGCUCGGAUAUUGCAGGAAGAAAACGAGAUCCACUAGAAUGGUCUGCACGACAAAAAAUUGCAAUUGGAGCAGCUCGUGGGUUGAGAUACCUUCAUGAAGAAUGUAGAGUUGGUUGUAUUGUCCACCGUGAUAUGAGGCCUAACAAUGUCCUCCUCACCCAUGAUUUUGAACCAUUAGUGGGAGAUUUCGGACUGGCAAGGUGGCAGCCAGACGGAGACAUGGGGGUGGACACAAGAGUAAUCGGGACUUUUGGGUACUUGGCUCCAGAAUAUGCUCAAAGUGGCCAAAUCACAGAAAAAGCUGAUGUGUAUUCCUUUGGGGUGGUACUGGUGGAACUUGUUACUGGGAGGAAAGCAAUUGACAUAAACCGGCCCAAAGGCCAGCAGUGCCUCACUGAAUGGGCAAGACCAUUGCUAGAAAAACAAGCUAUUCAUGAUCUGCUUGACCCAUGCUUAAGGAACUGCUACACAGAGCAUGAGGUUUAUCGCAUGCUGCGAUGUGCCUCAUUGUGCAUCCGGCGGGACCUUCAUUCAAGGCCUCGCAUGUCUCAGGUGCUUCGAAUACUGGAGGGGUGACAUGUUCAUUGUAAUCAAUAAGUGACAUUUCAGCCUACUGAACAAAGGAGGGGAAAGAUCCGAUGACCAGAGAAGCAAAGGCAUUACAUUAGUAUAAUCUUGAACGAGGCAUUACAAUGAUUAGUUAGGAUGUUUCCUAUAAUGAUUAAAAAAGAAUGAAGGAAGCAGGAGUUCUUGACUUCUUGUAUAAAGACAAAGACCAUUUGUAAACAAUGCACACGAUGGAAGUACUUCAACUGCCUUUUUGCCUUUCUUAUUGGCUGAAGCCUGAAACGUGACUCAGAUAGAGAAUAUUGGGUGUAUAGUUGUGAGAAUACGAGCAAGUGUACAUUGUUUCUCUAUUUUUGUUCUUUUUGUUGGGGUAGAGGUUUAGCAAAUUCCCUUGUGGUUAUUCAUUAUUUGGUGGUUGCGAGGAAAUGUAUCUUGUUCCCAAUCAGCCCUAAGACUCCACUCUCUGUUGCUUUGUUUUUUUGUUUAUGGUUUAUCUCGGCUCUAUUUCUUUCAAA